AUGGAAAGUUUGUUAAAUAAAAUAGAUAAAAUAGAACCAAGUGAUCCAAAAAUAAGAGAAGAGUAUAAUAAAUUUAAGUAUGAUGUCACUAAACAAGCCAUAGAAUCAUUAAAGGAAAGAAUACCAAAAAGAAUAAUUUAUUUUAACAAUUUAGUAAAUGUGAAUUCAGAACCAGGAACAAUUUUGGAUACAAAAGAUUUAGAUAGUAAUUCAUAUAAAUAUAAAAUAAAUCAUAUAGAAGAAAAUGUUAGAAAAAAACAUAAAGUUAACGAUUUAGAUGAUAGAGAAAAAAAAAAAGAUACUUUAGAUUAUAAUAUGAAAAAUUAUCCAAAUCAUGAAGAAAAAAAAAUUACAAUUGAUGAAAAAGUUUUGUAUACCCAUUAUGUACCUUCCCAUAAACAGAUAUAUGCAGAAUUAGAAAAAAUAAAAGCAUAUGCAUCUGAAUUAAUAGAAGUAAUUGGAAAUAUUAAGUUAUGGAUACAAUUAAAUGUACCUAGAAUAGAAGAUGGUAAUAAUUUUGGGGUAGGAAUUCAAGAGGAAGCAAUUCAAGAAUUGGCAAGAGUAGAGGAAAGCGCAUUUAAUUUAUAUGAUGCUAUUGUAAAAUAUUAUAUGGAAAGAGCAAAAUUAUCAACAAAAGUUAUAAAAUAUCCCAAUGUUUACGAUUAUCAAGAAGCUAUUAGAGAAUUAGAUGAAAAAGAAUGGAUUCAUAUAAAAAUUACUAUCAUAGAUAUGAGAAAUAAUUACAUUAUGCUUUACGAUUUAUUAUAUAAAAAUUGGGAGAAAGUUGUCAAACCAAAAAAUGAAGAUGCACAUCAUAGAAUGACAUUUUAA